AAAAAAAAAAGAAUGUAAAGUUACGGUCAAUUUACUAAAACAGGACAAGAGUCUUGGUUUGGCCCUCUGGGAUUUUUUAUCCUGGUAAAACUUCCUCUGCUCUCUCCAAACAGGACACAGGUACAGCACAGCUUCCUUGUGUUACUAUGGCACUUUCAAGGCCUAACAAUAUCAUCUCCACUACCGUGUCCCAACUCCUCUUCAUACGCCGCUCAAGCCACCGCGACGUAGCCUCCUCAUACGGCAUUCGCUCUUUCCGCAACAGUACUACCGAUCCGGUUAUAGAUUCCAAAUAUGGUGACUCCGCGAAGUCCUGUCCUAGUCGGGACUCGCGUGAUCGAGUAAACGGCUUCUUGAAGAAAGCUAGAGAAGCAGUCACCGGAUUGAAGGCAAUAAUGGACGAUCCUAAUCUUUGUAAUCAACUCAACGAUUCUGAUGAUAGGAGGAUUAGUGAGGUUAUGCACAAGUUCUAUUGGCAACCUUUUCAAGUCGAGGGGUAUAAGUUCCACUUUGAAGAAACGACUGAUGAAUGUAAUCGUUAUUUAAGAAUUGAUAUGCCUGGAAUUGGAAGUCGAGGAUUGAAAUUACGGAUGGAGAAGGAUCAACUACUCUUGAAAGGAGAAGAAGAACAAACAGAUACUGAUCUAGAAUUUAGUCACAAGAAUAAUCUUCCAAGAGCUUACUCUUGCAGUUUUCAUGUCGAUCCAAACUGCUAUCAGACUGAAAAAAUUGAGGCAUACCUUAGAAAUGGGAUUGUAAGGAUUGUGAUUCCAAGAAAGAAAUUGGAGGUUAAAACUUGAAUUUGUGGUUUCUCUGUUCUAAUUUUAAUUAGGAUGGAUUUAUACUUGGUAGGUUCUUUUCUUAUACUUCUAAGCUGAUUGGUUUUGAUGUUAAUGAAGAAUUUAUCUGUUUAACUAUGUUGUGGUGCAAUGGCAAGAUUAUGUAAUUGACCACAAUUUGAUUAUGCUGUAAACUAGGUUAUUGCAUAAUACUUCUGUCAGGUACCUCUUGCAGGUCUCUCUUUUUGUUAA